CAGUGUAUCAAAGAGGUUAAAGGAGUAAGUGCAGCCGCACGUCUGACAGAGACAGAGAAGCAAAAGAAGUAAGCUCUCUAGGUGUGAGUGGAAGGCAGAUAAAAUGUUUACUCUGUAGCAAUGUGUGAGACUUACCUGAAACACCGAGCUGCCAGCUGGAAAUAUUUGUGGACUGUACCUUGGCUGCCCCACAGUGUAGCUCACAUAUUAUAAAGCACGGAGCCCUGGGGAAAGGGGCAAAGUUGAUAAUGAAAAUGGACAUGGAGGAUGCUGACAUGACUCUAUGGACAGAGGCUGAAUUUGAAGAGAAGUGUACAUACAUUGUAAAUGAUCAUCCCGCAGAUUCAAGCACUGAAGGUGGCACCGUAACCCAGGCUGAGUCUUCCUUGCCAAGGAACUUGAUUUUCAAAUAUACUGGAAAUUGCAAAGAGGUUAUUGGAGUUAUUAGCAAAGAAUAUAUCCCCAAAGGAACACGUUUUGGACCUCUGGUUGGAGAGAUCUAUACCAAUGACACUGUUCCUAAAAAUGCAAACAGAAAAUAUUUUUGGCGGAUCUACUCUGAUGGUGAGCUUCACCACUUCAUCGAUGGAUUUAAUGAGGAAAAGAGCAAUUGGAUGCGCUAUGUAAACCCAGCUCAUUCUGUUCAGGAACAGAAUCUGGCUGCUUGCCAGAAUGGAAUGAAUAUCUACUUCUAUACUAUCAAACCCAUCCCUGCCAACCAGGAAUUACUUGUGUGGUAUUGCCGGGACUUUGCAGAUCGGUUACACUAUCCUUCUACUGGAGACCUGGUGAUGAUGAAUAUCACACACAGCCAUGUGAAUCCAAAACAGCAAGCUAAUAGCAAAGAUGAACUUUAUCAGAAGAGUGUUCCCAAAAGAGAGCACAGUGUAAAGGAAAUCCUGAAAAAUGAUUCCAGUCAUCCUAAAGGAAAAGACUUACUCCACACCCACAUUUCACCACAUUUUCAAGAAAAAGACUUGGAUGUCUUAAGAAAAAACUGUAGUCCUGAAAGGCCUUUCUACCCACGCAUUGUUUACCCAAUCCGACCUCAUAUUCCAGAAGAUUAUCUGAAGGCUUAUGGGAUGGAGAGGCCUGGUUACCUUGCCCACUCACCCAUUCGAUCUUCUACCACACCAAGCCCCUCAGCAAGAAGUAGUCCAGACCAAAGUUUAAAAAGCUCAAGCCCUCACAGCAGCCCAGGGGUUACAGUUUCACCCUUGGCUCCUGUGUCCCAAGAGCACAGAGAACCUUAUCCUUACCUGAAUGGACCCUAUAGCUCAGAAGGAUUAGGGUCAUAUUCUGGAUAUGGAACCCCAAACCAUCUUUCACAAGCCUUUAUACCUUACAAUUCCCCCUAUCAUAAAUUCCUGUUACCACCAUACAACAUGAGCUGUGGCAGCCUGAGUACUUUGAACAGCCUCAACAAUUUCAACCUCCUUCCAAGGAUGUAUCCCUUCUACAGCAACCUAUUCAAUGGAGGAAGCCUUUCUAACCAUAUGCUGAAUCCAUCGACCAUUCCAAGUUCACUGCCAUCUGAUGGAAGCCGUCCGCUGCUUCAGUCUGACCAUCGCCGGGACUUUCUUAUCCCUGCACAUAACAGUGCCUUCUCCAUCACAGGAGCUGCUGCCAGCAUGAAAGACAAGCCAUGCAGCCCAACCAGUGGAUCACCCACAGCUGGCACAGCAGCCACUUCAGAACAUAUAAUGCAACCUAAACCUACCUCGGCAGUGUUGGCUGCCACCAGCAGUGAAGAAGCCAUGAAUCUCAUCAAGAGCAAACGAAACAUGACUGGUUACAAAACUCUUCCAUACCCACUGAAGAAACAGAAUGGGAAGAUAAAGUAUGAAUGCAAUGUCUGCUCCAAAACCUUUGGCCAGCUCUCUAAUCUAAAGGUCCACCUUCGAGUACAUAGUGGAGAAAGACCAUUCAAAUGUACUACAUGUAAUAAAGGAUUUACUCAGCUGGCUCACCUUCAAAAGCACUAUCUGGUACACACAGGAGAAAAACCCCAUGAGUGUCAGGUUUGCCAUAAACGAUUCAGUAGCACAAGCAACCUGAAGACACAUCUACGGCUCCACUCUGGAGAGAAGCCUUAUCAGUGCAAACUUUGCCCUGCUAAAUUCACCCAGUUUGUGCACCUGAAACUGCACAAACGUCUCCACACCAGAGAGCGCCCACAUAAGUGCAUCCAUUGCCAUAAAAGCUACAUCCACCGCUGUAGCCUCAAGGUCCACCUUAAGGGCAACUGCCCGAUUGUCCCUGCGUCUAACCUUUCUACAGAGGACUUGAAUCGGAUCAAUGAAGAAAUUGAGAAAUUUGACAUCAGUGACAGUGCAGACAGAUUGGACGAUGUUGAGGACAACGUUGACAUGGCAUCUGUAGUUGAAAAAGAAAUAUUGGCUGUGCUCAGAAGAGAGAUAGAAGGAGUUAGUCUUAAAGCAUCAUUGCAGAGGAACCUGGGAAAUGGGCUGAUCACCUCAGGAUGUAAUCUUUAUGAAUCAUCAGAUAUUAUGAAGUUGCCUCAUGGUCAUCCACUACCUCGGGUACCUAUAAAGGUCAAGCAAGAAACAGUUGAACCAAUGGACCCUUAAAAUUUGUGUCUGAAUUUGUAUGUGUGCACACAUGUGUGCAUGUGUGUUUGUGUGUGUGGCAAAUAAAUGAUUUUUUUUAAUUUAUGACUUGGCAAGUCAGGGUGCCUGUAGCAGUUGCUUGUAUAUAAUGUCAAUGCUGCAAAGCAAUCUUGGCUUACAAUAGUGUCUCUAAGGUCAUUUGAAAGAAGGAACUCCAAAGUUGUUAUUCUCAGGGCAUAAAAAGAGGCAAGGACUGUAUAUUGCCUUCCCCACUUCAAAAAAGAGAGAGAGAGAGACAAUCGCUCUUCCAUAAUCAUUUUUCAUUAAUAGUACUUCAUAAUUUAUUAUACAAUUUACCAUUUGAAAGCAAUAGCAAUAAAAUUAUUACAAUGAUAGGAAAACUCAUUGUAAUUUUGAAUCUAAGUGUUUAUAUUUUGUCUUGUGGCCAUUCUUUGUAGUUUUUUUCUGCACAUCUGUUUUUUAAAAAACUCAAGAUUGGCUGGGGGAUAAGGGAACAUUAUGUACCUGUUUCAAGAAUGAGGUUUUUGUUUUGCCAAAGGUAAAUCCUAGGAAUCCCUUUAGUUGGAACAAUGCUUUGUAACCAGAUAAAAUGAGCUGGAGUAUAAAAUUAUCCUCAGAGAGGGAAUGUCAUGCUGGUAUAGGCAGAGGCUGAAAGUUGAGCGAUGUUUCCAUCUGCAGCACUGCCUAUCUAGGAUGGUGGGGAAAGUGAAGUGCUCUGCCAGAAACAAUACUUUCAAAAUAAGUAGUCGUGUAUCAUGAAGUUUUGAGCAAUAGUAUUACAAAAAUACUUAUUUUUCCCUCUCCCCUAAACUUGUUUAUACAAAGACUCCAAAGAUGCUUCCUGCAAAGGCGGUAGUUACUAAGGCUUUUUACUAAUGAAGUCUUAUGAGGGAAUCUGAUGUGUGGAUUCUCUGGGGAAGAAAAUGUGAUGGUUUCCCCCCCAUCUGUCUGCCACUUUCCUUGGAAAGAAGUUGGUAACAAAGUUCUUUCUUGGCAUACCAGGUUUUUGUUUGUUUGUUUUCCUGUAUGACUCAAGAUUUCUCUCAGUAUUUGUAUUAGUACAUUUUGUGGUUAAUUUAAUUAAAGAUUAAAAGGGCAUUGCAAAGUUGCUGAACAACAGUUACCUCAUUGAGUGUGUCCAGUGGUGCAGAAAAUGCUGUUUUAUCUAAUGCUUUGCUACUUUGGAGAACAAACCAUAAUGUUCAGAGAAGACAGAAUGUGCAUUCUUUUUUCUUUUUAAAAAUCUUUGUGUGUUGCUAAGCCCAAAGAUACCAUCAGCAUACAAGGUGUAGCAAAGAAUACAUGUGUAUUUAUAGAUAUUUAUACCAAUAUACCAUAUAUGUGUGAGUGUGUAUGUGUAUUUUUAUACUAAAGUUUGUGAGCCAAACUCUGUAAUAAAAUCUAUUUUACAUAACCAGCUUCACCCUCCAAAGGGCUGAAUUAUCAGUCUCUAAACCAUAAUACAUGCUAAGGAAUUCAUUUGUCAAUAUACAUGCACAGUAUUUUACCUGAGGCUUGAUCCCACAAGCUGUUAUUGAUAUAUGUAGUACACACAAAGAAUUCAUGAAGGUGGUAUGGCUGAGUCUUCUGUCCCUUUAUAUACUUGCUGAGGACUUUGUGAAACAGCAAAAACUAGAAACCUAGGCUGGGGCAACCCUCCUUCCAAAUCUUACCCACCUAUAUAUGGUAUAAAUAUAAUACAGACUGGUAAAGAGUAGAAUGAACUAUUUAAACUGGUUGGGGAAGCUUGCCACCAUCCCCUCUGCCUCUUGAAAUGUGGCACGAUCACAUGUACAUAACAGAGAAAAAGAGCCAUCAUUAUUACACUCUUUACCACUUUGUGUAUAUAUCCCUAUCUCAUUAUAGUAUAAUAAAGUAUUAGACUGUUUCAAGAAAUGAUAUCAAUCUAAUGCUUUCUUAUUUAAAAUUCCAAAUGUAUCUAUGGCCUAAAAAUAAACCAAUGAAAACUUUAAAUAUAACUUUUGAAGGAAGGACUACAGUUCAUUACAUUUCUGUUCCCGUAAAUUGUGAGGCAAACAUUUUUAAAUGUAGCAGCGUUUCAUAAAUGUAGUACUUAACUGUAGGAUGAACCAAAGUACCACUACUCUUAACACUGGACACACAUUGCUUUUAUUAAUUGCCUGUAGUGCUUUCUUGUAUUUGAUACAAAUUUUACAAAGAUUUAUAUGCAGCUUUAAGAAUUGUCCAGUCUUCUCCUCCCCAUUUAGGACCUUUAACAUGUGAAUGUAGCAACAAUCAGUGUUUUUUUUGAAGAAGAGGCUCUGACCAAAGUUAACAGGCUUUUUACUUUGCUAGAACAAACUAUCUUAUGUUUACGUACUGGUUUACAUUGUUAUUUAUGUGCAAAAUGUCAAAAUGUAAAUUAAAUAUAAAAUGUUCAUUGCUUUA